AUGGAGAUGUGGGACUAUAAAUACAGGGCAGAGGCAGAGGAGAAGGCAGCUCAGAUUCAACUGGCUCUUCAAACCGAGCAGGAACGCUCUGACUCUACAGCUAUGGCACCCACUGUUUUUGGACAAGCAAGCUUUCCUAAGGAACACCUGACUCCUGCUCAUAAGCUGAGGAAACCAAUGGUCGAGAAACUGCGCAGAGACCGCAUCAACACCAGCAUUGAGCAGCUGAAAUCCCUGCUGGGUCCUGAGUUCCUCAGGCAGCACCCAGACUCCAAGCAAGAGAAGGCGGACAUCUUGGAGAUGGCUGUGUCCUAUCUGAGAGGCUGGCAGCACCAGAAGCAGCAGCAGCAGGCCAACGUGACCUCGGGCUUCAUGACAGCCAAAGACGGCUACUCCCACUGUGUGCAGGAGGCCGUCAGCUUCCUGUCCCACUGUGAGGUCCAGACUCAGGCCCACAGACGGCUGCUCAACCACUUCCAGGGUCUGCAGACGUCCAGCAGGACCAGCCACAGUCCCUCCACCCUCUCCCCUCCUGGCUCUCCACUCCAUCAGGUCAGCUCCAGCAAGGGCCAGGCCUCCGGUGCUCUGUGGAGGCCUUGGUAGGAUGGAGGCAGCAUCAGAAAGAGAAAUACGUCUGUGAACGUCAUGGACAGAAAGUUGAAGACUCACUGAAGUCUGUUUCCUUUUGCUUUGGCAGGAGAUUCAAUAUUGUUGAGUGUUUCACUUGUGGUGAAAUGGGCACAAUGUGCCAGUAUUCCUCUGGUAGGAAUGAUAUGAUUCAGGUUUUACUGAAUUUGUACACCAUGUGUAUACACAUUAUUCACUUUAUAAUUUAGAGUGUUUAACUCUGUGAUUGUGUUAAUUGUUCCUGUGGAAAAGAAACAACUCCUGAAUUUAUGUUUUUUUUGCAAACGUCACUGAAUUGUCUUGUGAACCCACAUUGGGUUGAAAUUAUUUAAGUGUCUGUGACACUGUUUGAUUUAUGUGUUUUAACUACUGUCUAUCUUUGAUACUGAGUAUCACUGACUGAUACAUUUCAUCAGCUUGGUGUUGAUGAAUCAGCAUCAUCCCAUUAAUGGAUCCCAUGGAUCCACUUUUACUGUAAAUCGUAUUAUGAUUAUACUUAAUUAUGACUAUUUGUAACCAUCAUUUGGCCUAUGUGUGAAGGAAUGUUAGUGCAUGACUUGUACCUGUUAACUGUUCAGAUGUGAUGUUCAUAAUAGAUUUUUUUCUUAUCUUCAAAUGAAUACCUUUUAUAAAGGCAUGUUAUGUUGAUACAUCUUUACUAAAAGAAUCUGUUGAUUUGCUUCC